AUGCCAGCCAACGUCGAACAGAACGGGAAUGGAUUUCAUCAUCCCCAGGAAAAAUGGAUCGUCGAGGACCGGGCCAUCGAUGCCUGUCGCCCGAUCCGGGUCGUGAUCAUGGGCGCGGGCAUCUCCGGCAUCACGGCCUGUAUCCGGCUUGUGCAGCGCAUCCGGAACCUCGACCUGUGCGUGUACGAGAAGAAUGCCGAUGUUGGCGGCACGUGGUUUGAGAAUCGCUACCCUGGUUGCGCGUGUGACAUCCCGGCACACACAUACCAGGUCACCUUCGAGCCGAACCCCGAGUGGUCGCAGUUCUAUGCGAGCGCCAAGGAGAUAUACCAGUAUUGGAAGAAGAUUGCGCACAAAUACGGCUGCAUGAAGUACAUCAAGCUCAGGCAGAGAGUCGUCGAGGCGCGUUGGGACGAGGACCAGUCCAAAUGGCUGCUCAAGAUUCAAAACGUCGAAGAUGGAUCGGUCUAUGAAGACUCGUGCGACGUGUUCAUCUCCGCCCAGGGAGCCCUCAACAAUUGGAAAUGGCCCAAUAUUCCAGGCCUGCACGACUUCAAGGGCAAGUUGCUGCAUAGCGCCAACUGGGAUGAGAGUUAUGACUACAGGGGGCAAAAGGUGGCCGUCAUCGGCAACGGCUCGAGUGGGAUCCAGAUUGUCCCCGCGAUGCUCCCAGAUGUUGCCCAUAUCGACCAUUAUGCCCGUGGCAGGACGUGGCUGUCUCCGACGUUCGCUCGAGAGAAGAUUGACGAACGAGGCGGCGCUGGACUGGAUAACAACAUCGAACUCGAACUCCAGUCCAACCACCGCGUGACCAUCAAAGGGACCCCCGAGCAACUCGCAGGGGAAGAAUUCUUCGCCCAGAACAUGAAGCGACGCCUGGCACGGAAACCGGAGCUGGCAGACCAACUGCUUCCUUCGUUCCCGCCGGGAUGUCGUCGACUGACUCCUGGGCCGGGGUAUCUGGAAGCCCUCACCGACGACAAGGUGGAGGUGAUCUUCACGGAGAUCGCAGAGAUUGACGCGGAGGGCAUCCGCACCAUCGAUGGCAAACACCGCCCCGUCGAUGCCAUCGUGUGUGCUACCGGCUUCGACACGACGUUCGCCCCGCGGUUCCCCAUCAUCGGACGGGAAGGCGUGUCUCUGUCCGACAAAUGGAGGGAGAUUCCAGAGACCUACCUCUCCCUGGCGACAGAUGGAUUCCCCAACUACUUUAUCUGCCUGGGGCCCAACGCAGCGUUGGGCGCAGGGAGUCUGAUCCUUCUCAUCGAGAAGGAGAUCGACUACAUGACGGCGUGCGUGGCCAAGAUGCAGCGGGAGAACAUCCGGGCCAUGGCGCCUCGCCGGGAGGCGGUUGAGCGGUUCACCAAGUACUGCGAGCAGUACUUUAGCAAGACGGUGUUCAGCACCAAAUGCCGUAGCUGGUACAAGGGAGGCCGCGAGGAUGGACGAGUCACGGCGCUGUGGCCGGGAUCCUCCCUCCACGCGAUGAAAACGUUCGCCAACCCUCGCUGGGAAGACUUCGAGUACGAAUACAUCAACGACAACCCGCACGGGUGGCUCGGGGACGGCAUGACGGAGGACGAGAGGAACCGGACGGUCAAUGUGGACUACCUGGACGACGACCAGGUCGAUUUUCCGACCCCAGUCAACGAUGUCGAGAGUGCGGCAUUAAAUGGCAAAGGGCCAGAAACGAACGGAUCUGAGACGAAUGGAUCUGAGGCAGUGGCUGCAAAAUAUGAAAAAUGGACAGACCAAUGGUGCACAUCGAGUUGA